CAUAACUCCCACACAUCAUUUACAAACUCUGUACACUAACUACACACUACAAAAUCGAGAAUGCAGUUAAUAAAAUAUGUAAUUCUUUUGUUUGUUUUUUGCGGAGUCCUGAUGCCGAUAGAAAUAGUUGCCAGAACAGUCGAUUCGGAGAGGCAGUUUGAAAGGGCUUCGGCGAUAACCAUACGGCAUAUUCAGCGUAGUCCUCGAGUGCCGGUUCCUGAAAUGCCCCUGGAUUUUCAGACGAAGCAUGCACCUUGUGAUAUGGACUCGAGGGGCAGACAGAGCUAUAUACAUGCCUUCCCCAACCAUUGCAUUUGGGCCUACAACAAUCGGUACUUGAGCGAGGGACACUUUCGCAUCUACAAGACCUAUCAGUUGGAAGCAUUUUUCUUUGGCCAGUACUACGAGCGCCUAAAGCGUUAUGAAUUCGAACCACAUGUCUACGAUUACAACAUGUAACAAGAGCCAUUCAAAUAAUAUUUAGAAGCCCUCAGUUAAAAGAAAACCCUGCACAAGAUUCAGUGAAUAAAUAAUAAGA